AUGAAGAUUAUUUUACUUUUGCUGUCUAUUAUAGGCAGAAGUAGCCAGCUCCUACUGAGUGAGUGUGGGGCAGAAGCUAGGCGACCACAGAUCAGUGACAUUUCGGUCACUUGUGGCACUUCAUCUAUUGGUCUGGCUGUUCAAAUCUGCCCUGUCAUCUACACCGGUUACAAUGAGACUCUGCUGAUCCUGAACCACAUGUUGGACUCGCCCUGCAGAGCAACCCUUGAUGAAUCUGUGUCUCCGCCAGUUGCUCGCUUUAAUUUCCCUUUAAAUAUGACCCACUCCUGUGGAAGCAUAUUCCGGACCACCAGUGCUGCUGGGACUGGUAUAUUCUCUGACUUCUCCAACAUCCAGACAGUCAACAUCAGCGGCGUUGUCCGGUCCAUCGAUCCUACAACAGGCACCAUCACUUACAAUGCUGAGCUGAAGUACUACUACUCCUGCGCCUAUCCUCUAGAAUAUCUGAUCAACAACACCCAGAUCGAUGUGUCGGCCUCCUCCAUUGCAAUCAGGGACAACAAUGGGAGUUUCAUCAGCACUUUAAGCAUGGAGUUGUUCAGUGAUGCCAACUACACCAGGCCGAUGGUCAUUCCAAAUCUGGGGAUUGAGCUGAGGACCAAGGUUUAUGUCGAGGUCAAGGCUACCAACUUGACCGGGCAGUACCACGUCCUGCUUGACCGAUGCUACGCUUCCAUCUCCCCGCUGCCUUCCAACUCCAGCUUCUUUAACCUGUUUGUCCCCUGCUCCAAGGACCGCUUCACCACCAUGGUUGAGAACGGUGACAGCCAAAGCGCCCGGUUCCACUUCCCGGCCUUCCGCUUCAUCGAGCAGCAGAACGAGACAGUGUCCACCUACUUCCUCCACUGCAUCACCCGGCUGUGCGAGAUAAGCACCUGCAGCACAUUCAAGCAAUGCAGCAACCGAAGGAAGAGAAACACCCUGAACACAUCCCCAUCGGAUAUCACCCAGACGUACACCAUCAGCUCUCAGGAGAUCAUCACCAAAGCCGACAACAAUGAGUCCAAAGAGAAGCCCCUGAUCGCCGGACAAGAAGACGAGUCUUCUGUGGGGCUUGGUGUGGCUGUUGGUGUCCUCGCCUUUGUCUGCAUCAUUGCCCUUGGUAUAGCGGCUGUGUUUUACAAAAGGCUCAGGAACUAAG